ACAGUGCAGUCUGAACUGAUAGAAAAACAGGAAGACAUGGACCAGCUCAUCAGCACAGUGGAGGACCUGCAAAGAGAGCUCGAGAAGGUUCCCCACUCAGAUACGAACUUCAUCCAGAAAGACACAGAGACAUUAAGAGACCAGUGGCUGGAGGUCUCAGAGAGGAUACAGACAAACACAGAGAGGCUGGGAUACUGCGUAAGCCUUUGGGACGACCUCAGGUCCAUGGAGCAGGACAUCAACCAAUGGAGCGCCAACUCCAUCGCUGAUCUCACCGAUAGUGUCACCAAUCUCAGCGAUAAAGAAAACGCAGAGGCCCAUCUUGACACCUUUCAGGCUGAGGUCGAGAAGAGAGAGCAGACGCUCGAUGCCCUGCAGGAGAGAGUGACGGAGCUGAAGGAGCGAGCAAAGCUGCAGGAAACCCCGUUACAAAUGCAGGUCCUAGAAUCAGACCUCAAAAAGAAAAUGGCCCAUGCGCAGGAGGUGUACAACCAGGCCAAACACACUCUGACCUACUUCAGUUUCCAGAAGCAGCGACUGGAGGACCUCAUGUCCCAGAUGGCCGAGCGGCUGAAGGCAGUUGAGGGCUCCUUAUCAGACCUCACUGAGGCUACUUCUCCUGAAGACAUUGGCACAGUUAAGGACCUGCAGGGUGUUGUGCAGCAACAGAGGGCAGACAUGGACUCGGCUCGAGAUGCCUUGAGUGCUCUGUGCAGGUCUCAUCCCUCUCAGGAGUUGUCAUGCCUCAGCUCUGAGCUCACCACCAUUGCAAAGCAAACAGAGGCUGUUGCGCAGCGCUGUGCCAAGACAAGGGGUAACCUGCAGGAUGGGUUACAGCUCCACUUCAACGAGCUCGUCCAAGACUUCCACUCCUGGCUUGCAGAUCAGAAGUUGGACCUUAAAGAUUGUUCUAAUCAAUCUGGAGAUGUUGGCAUCCUUGGGGCUAAGUUUCAGAGGCUAAAGGUGUCAGUCGAGCAGAUGUCAGAGGGUGAUGAGCGUCUAUCUCGGGUUUGUGAGGAAGCUGAGAGGCUUCUGGUCCACUUGUCUAAAGCUGGAGCGGCACAGGUUCAAGAGCAUCUUUCGUCCUGUAAGAGAGAGUGGAAGAACUACAUGGACAGUUGCUCUCAGAACCAACAAGACUUGCAUGAGAGUAUUGAACUUCUGAGAAAUUUUAAUGGCUCCGCUGAUGGUAUUAGAAACUGGCUGAAGCAGAUGGAUGUCAGCCUCAAGAGCGAGCCUGUUUUAGGGGCAGAGAGCCAGCAGGGAGUCAUGGACAUCACAGAAGAGCUAGAGAGGAUGGAAAACCUCCAUAAGGAACUGCUUGAAAGAAGUAUGUGUAUGUGGGCGUGUGAGGACAUAUGUUAUAGAAACCACAGUAUGGGCUGUUAAAUAUUCUUAACAAUACAUAUGGAGAUCCAAGAGAGGCUGGGUACAGUAGACAGCACCAUGGGAACCAAAGAGCAGCUAGAGCAGAGGCUGGAGACUGUGCAGGACAUCCUGCUUUUGAAGGGGGAGGGGGAGGUCAAGCUGAAUAUGGCGAUGGGUAAGGGUGAGUUGGCCCUGCGAAGCUAUGGUGCCACUGGACAGGAGGUGGUGCGCUCUCAGCUGCAGGAAGUGGAGGAUGCUUGGGCAACGCUGCUUGUGACUGCCAUGAGCUGCCACAGUCGAUUGGAGUGGACUGUGUCUCAGUGGGGUGGAUACCUUGAGAGUGCUGCCCAGCUGCAGUGUUGGAUGGAGGUUGUGGAGCGGGAGGUGUGCGCCCCUCUCACCCCUCAGCCAGGGCCCAGAGAAAAGGCCUCCCAGCUAGAGAGACUCAGAACCCUGCUAGCUGACUUGGAGGACCACCAGGUGGCACUGUCCAGUCUAGAAGAAAAAGCUAGAGAACUGUUCAAAAAGACAGGUGACGCUGGCUUUAACCAUGGUGCCCGUACCCAGCUGCAGGCACAGUUUGAUGACCUCACAGCCUUGGUUGAGAGAGUACGUCUUGCACAGGCUGUGGUGUUGGAGCAUCAAAAUUACCUGGAGGCUGUCAGGGAACUCACUGAUUGGCUGAUGACUGCUGGAGAAGAGCUACAGCACUGGUCUGAUUCAUCGGGAGACUCUGCCUCGAUUAAAAAGAAACUGUCAGAAGUGAGGGAGCGUGUUGAGAGUCGACUGCUGGAGGGCCGAGAGCGCUUGACCCGUGUGCGUCGGAGUGCCGCUUCCACGGCAGAGCACACGGCAGCGGGUGGCUGCGAAGCCAUGGACCGUCAGUUGGGGGCGCUGUCGCAGGCUCUGGAGCAGUGGGAGGGGGCUGCCCUGAGGGCCAGGGAUGGUCUGGAAGGGGCCCUAGCUUCUGCUGCUGCAUCAGAGGAGGAGUAUGACCGCCUCACUGCCCGUCUUGAGGAAGAGUUGAAAGAGCUUGAUGGACGGCUGAAGGGGUGGAGCCAGGAGCUGAUUAAAGCUGAGGGGCGGAGCAACGGUGAGGAAGCAGUGGAUGGAUGGCAGCUGGCAAAGGACAUACUGGAAGGCUUGCAGAGUGCCGAUCCAAUGGCAGAGAAGUUGAAAGGCCAACUGAACGACCUGGUACGAUACUCCAGAGACCUGGGCUCACAAUCCGACCGGGUCACAGCGCUCAUCAAACAGCACAACAGUCUCAGUCUGCGUGCAUCCAGGGAGUGUCAAAAUAAGGAGCGCUUGUUGGAGCAGAGGUUUCGUGCAGCCCUAAGAGACUUCCAACAGUGGCUGGUCAACGCCAAAAUCAGCACGGCCAAAUGCUUUGAUGUGCCACAAAAUGUCGCUGAGGCCUCAACUGCUCUGCAGAGGAUCCAAGAGUUCUUGAGUGACAGGGAGCAUGGCCAGGCCAGGCUGAGUACAGUAGGUGCCAGUGGGGAGCUGCUGAUGGCUGUGGUGUCUAAAGACAGAGUUGAGGGAAUCAAGGCCAAGGUGGCAAACGCCAGAGAGGACUGGAAGAGCCUGAUGAAUAACCUGCAGAUGAAGGAGGAUGCGCUCAAGAAUCUGCAGUCCCAGAUGAAGGAGUUCGAGGCUAGUGCUGAGCCUCUGCAGGACUGGCUGAACAGCACAGAGGUCAGAGUUCAGGAGAGCAGUGCUCGACUACAUGACCUACCAGCCAAGAAACAGGAGCUCAGCAAACUGCAGUCUGUGCUGGAGGAGAUGGCCAGUCGGGAGGCAGAGCUGGGCAGGCUCAGAGAACGAGCUCAUCGUCUCUGGGAGGGACAAGCAGCAGGCAAGGGUUUUGUCCAUCGUGUGUCCCAGCUGUCCGCUCAGUAUCUAGCUCUCAGCAACUUAACAAAGGACAAGGCCUCCAGGAUUGAACGUAUUGUAGGGGAGCACCGCCUCUUCUCUCAAGGCCUUAAAGAGCUCCAGGAUUGGGUUUGUGAAGCUCAGAGGGUUCUCAGCACCUGCAUCUCCACCACGACAGAGAAGGGCGUGUUAGAGGACCGGAUGUUACAUCUGGAGGCCCUACUGGCUGCCCGUCAGGAGAGGGAGAUCCAGCUAAAGAUGCUCCUGACGAGAGGAGAAGCAGUCCAAAGAAACACGUCGGCCGAGGGAGUCCCAGUGAUCCGCAAACAGAUCCAGGACCUCAAAGACUCAUGGGACUGCCUGCUUUCUGCCUCCAUUCAGUGUAAAAGUCAGUUAGAAGGCGCUUUGUCACAGUGGACCAGCUAUCAGGAGGACGUGGGUCAGUUCGUUCUGUGGAUGGAUCGAGUGGAAGAGACGCUCAGCUGCUCAGACAGACAGUACUCUGAGAUGAGAGACAAGACUGCUAACCUGGGAAAGACAAAGCUUCUCUAUGAAGAAGUUCUGAGUCACAGCAGUCCUCUGGAGACCAUCGCCACGAAGGGGUCCAAUAUGUCUGAGCACUCCACCACCCAGCAGGAGGUGCAGCAGCUGCAGUGUAGAUACAACGCCCUCAAAGAAAAGGCCAAGAAUGCAGUCGGUAAGGCCAAAGGUCUGGUGCUGGUCCACCAGGAAUAUCAGAGGGGGUUACAUGUGUUUGAGGACUGGCUGGAGCAAGAACAGGCUAGUCUGGCCUCAUUGUCCCACCUAGAGGGAAACGUGGAUACACUAGAGAAGACGCUGGAACAACUACAGCUUCUGCAGGAACGCUGCUCAAACGGUCAGUCUUUACUCUCCUCUGUGCUGAGCAGCAGAGAGAGAGUUAUCCCCUGGGGUAUACCUCAAAUCGAGGACCGAGCGCUGGAUGCAGCUCAGCGAGAGUGGGGGGCCUACCAGGGCCGCUUGGAGGAGACUCAGACCCAGCUGAGCUCCACGCUGACCAGACUGAAGCAGAUGGGCCAGAAAUUCCUGAGCCUUGCCCAGUGGCUGGAGGAGAUGGAGAAGGUGGCAAACAUCAGACACCAUCGGAGGUCAGACAGAGCCACGAAAGGGACUCAGCUGAAGAAACUCCAGGGAUGUCUUGAGACAGUGCUCGCACGGCAGGGAGAAGUCGAUGGCCUCUCCUCUCUGGCCCAGCAGGUUCUGGAGGAGACCUACAUCAGUAGCCGUGUUAGCGUUACUGCCACACAGCUCACAGCCCGCUACCAUUCCCUGCUGCUCAACAUACAGGACACCAUCAAGCAGCUACAGGAGGAGCGAAAGAGCAUUGAGGAGGCUGAGCACCUUUGUUUCUCGUUCACUGACUGGCUCAGCUCCACUCACAAAAACUUCACAGCAUUAACCGACAGCACGGAACCUCUUGACCGGGUCGCCAUGGAGAGGAAGAUGAAAAAACUAGAGGCUCUCCAGUCUGAGCUCCAACAUGGUCACAGUUUCCUGAAAUCCCUGAGAGAGCGAGCAGAGCAGGCGGCAGGCUUCCUGAACGAAGCGGGAGCUGAGAGUUUAGGCGGGGAGGUAGAGGCUCGCCUCGGCCAGCUAGAGGAGCUCGCAGGUGGGCUGAGGCAUGAGCACAGCUUUCUGCAGCGGGCUUUACUGCUGGCUAAGGAGUUUCACGACCGGUAUAAGGCUCAGGCCCAGUGGCUGGUGGAGACCAGGGCUUUGCUCAGCAACCCAGUGGAGCCCAAGGCUGAACUGUACCAACGGAGAGCACUGCUGGCUAAAUACAAGGCUUUGCUGCAGAUGGUUCAGUCCCAUGAUGGAUCCAUCAGGUCAGUGGUGGAGAAAGGAGACGCUCUGCUCACCUCUGUCCACUACCCGUCCAUCCGAGACAAAGUGACAAGAUUAAAAAGAGACUACACUGAACUCUGUAAUACUGCCAUGGCCCAUGUGGAGAACCUGGAUGGACAGGUGAAGGAACAGGAAGCUUACCACAACGAGCUCCAGGAUGUGGAGCGCUGGCUACUCCAGAUGUCCAGCAGGAUGGUGACUCCUGAUCCAUCUGUGGGAGGCAGUUUGGAGGCAGCAACACAACAGCUGGCCAGACACAAGGCCAUCAUGGAGGAAAUAGCAGGCUUUGAGGAUCGCUUGAUAGGUCUGAAGGAGCGAGGAGCCCACCUGGUACAAGGCUGCAGUGACCGUGUGCAGAGCAGGCUGAGACAGCAGGUCCAGGCUCACCAGCAAGGCACCAGAGACAGCUACUCUGCCAUCUGUAGCACGGCACAGAGAGUUUAUCAAAGUCUGGAUCAUGAACUACAGAGACAUGUGAGUCUCCAAGACACUCUGCAGCAGUGCCAGACCUGGUUGAUCUCUGUCUCAGAGGAGCCUGAGCCACCUUCUCAUCCUCCUCUCAGCCUGGAGGAGGCGCUACAACAGGUAAAGCAAGAGCGUGCUCUCCAGGAACAGGCCAGCACUUACCUCCAGCUUGUGUGCUCAGCAUGUGACCUGUCUGAGGCGAGGGUCAGGGAGACUGCAGCAGAUAUUCAGCAGGUCAAACUGCAGAUUGAGGAGCGUAUGAUUCUUUGUGAGGAGGUAGCAGACAGCUGGAGGGAUAUAGAGGAACAGAAGGCUGAUCUGGAGGCCCAGCUGAGAGAGACAGAGCAGCAACUUCAGAGCCUCAUCAGGAGACCUGCAGAGCUGGAGCCCAAGAUCGCACAGAACCAGCUCGACAAGGCACAGGAGUUCCUUCAGCAGAUUAAGGAGAGACAGUCUGAGGUUACACAUUUGAGUGACACUGUUGGUAGGCUGACAGAUGGACAGGUCUCUCCUGCUCUGGAGGAGAUAAGGAGACUGAGGAGAAGCUGGAUGGACUUGGGCCAGCGGGCAGAAGAGCUGGAGACUCAGCGAGGGGAGGACAUGCAGAGGAGUGGGGAAUAUCAGGAGAUUGUUGUUGCUGUGGAGGAACUUUUCCACCAAGUAUCCAGAGAAUGGGACUACCUUGCCAGGGCUGACACAGAAAGCACCAGUGAGCAUCUAGAGGCUCUGAGGAAGCUUUCCAGUGACCUUGAAGAGCAGAGGGCAACUCUAGAAGACCUCAGAGACCAGAAACAUACCAUCUUGCCUCGACUGAGCCUUUUAGACAAGGAGCUGGUCAAACAGCAGGUGGGUCAUCUGGAGCAGCGUUGGGCCCAGCUUGAAUCCCUUAUACAACAGAAGAUCCAAGACUCAGCGCAGACACUUGAGGAUCUUACCCGUGUUGAGAGCCAACUGAGGGAUGCCCGGGAGUGGGUGGAGGAGCAGCGGCCCGCUCUGACCUCAGUGCUGAAAACCAGCCCGCCCCCCGAUCUGGCCCAGAGUUUCCUGUUUGACCAUCUGAGUGUGUGUGUAGAACUGGAGGCUCGUCAGCAGCUGCUCGGUCAGGCAGUGAGCGAGGCCCAGACUGUGGCCUCCAGACUGGGCCUGAGUGAGAAGAGACGCCUGCAAGAGCUUGUUGAGAAAGCUCAAGCUGAGGUGGAGGCUCUGGGGGCUCAGGUGGCCCAAAGGAGGAAGUAUCUCAGUAAGGCCUUUACAGAGAGGACACAAUUCCUUCAAGGCUUGGGGAGAGCACUUUCUUGGGUGCAACAACAAGAGAGGAAAGCUUUGAUAGAUGACCACAUAGCCCUUCUCCCUGAAGACUUAUCCAAACAGGUCGCUGCUUGUUGGAGUGUCCAGAGUGGUUUACGGGCAUACCAGAGAGAGUUGGCAUCUCUCUGGGUGCAGGGCCGAGAGCUAGAGAGAGAUGCCACUGACAAAGAGAGAGCGGAAACCCUGUCAAGACUUGAGAAGCUACAGGCAGCAUUUGAAACCGCACUCCAAAUGACUACCCAGCGUCUCACAGGCUUAGAGAAAGCCCUAACCUCAAGAAAGUACUUCCAGGUCGACCUGGAUAAGACUUGCCACUGGCUGAGACGAGCAGAUGCCAUCACCUUUCCCGAAAUCAAUUUAAGCAACAUAGACGAUGACUCUGAGUUGCAAACAGAACUGUCGAACUUUCAGAAUGUCUUAGAACAAGCAUCAGAGUACGAGAACCUUCUUCUCAUCGUCCAAAGAAUAGGCCAGGAGAUCCUCCCCACUUUGAACGAGAUCGAUCAUUGCUACCUAGACGAGAGGCUCAAUGCUCUGCCUCAGCAGUACAACGCCAUCCUAGCUCUAGCCAAAGAGAAAAAAGACAGAGUCCAACAACUAAUCUUAGAGCGAAAAGAGUUCAGCACUUUCUUCGAUAUAACUCGUAAUGCACUGGAGGAGCUUCAGGAGCAGUUUGACAAUCUGGAGAAGCAGACUAUCAGUAUUAGAGAGGAUGAAUUUAUUCAACUAAUAAUGAAAUACAAAACUAUUAAUGAAAGUUUAUUCCAUAUCUGCCCCGCUGUGAGAGAACUUCAUGGUAAAAACGAAGGCUUUUUAAGUAGUGGGCAGCAAUACAGAGCCGUGGAGACACAGCAGCUGGUUAGUGUCUAUAACACGCUGAAAAGGAGAAAUGAUCAGAAAAUGAAACACUUGGAUGAAUGCUUGAAAACUGUAGUUGAACACAAUAGAGUAUCCAACAGGGUUGAUUCAGAAUCAGAAUCUGUGAAAGAGAAGCUGGUCAGACUGAAGUCAGACACAAAAGCAGGUGCCGUUGAUAAAAUCACAAAUCUUUAUUUGUUGCUUGACAGUCUGGACUGUGUGAGCUCUGAGGCUGAAGAAUGUAACGUACAAACUAAAGGCCUUGGUCUGAAGUUUGACCCUGCUGCCUUACAGGAAAGUACGCUGCGGCUCGAAUCAUUGCAGUCGUUGAGAACAGAAGUCAAAUGUUUUGUUGAGGAAAGUGAAACAAAAGUGAGAAAGAAUGAAGAAUUUUUCGGAGAGAUGGGGAAAAUGUUGCAAUGGCUGAGGACUAUCAAGGACGAAUCAGAGGCACCUUUGACCCUUGAAGAGGUCAAAACUGAGAGAGUGCGUGAGGAGAAGUGCAAGAUAAAGAUGGUGGAAGAGGAAAUGAAAAGUAGAUUGAGAAUAGGAGACGCCUUGGGAAGCAGAGAAAAGCAAAGGUAUUGUAGUAGAAAAGAAGCUGUUCCUGACCUCGUAGAAGAGAAGCUGAAGGAGCUGGCAGAGCUGAGCGCUGAAGUUCAACAAGGAAUCAGCAAAAAACUGCUGGCUGUGGAUCAAGCCCUUGCCUUGGUCCAGAGGUACCACUUAUCUCUGCAGUGCGUUCAGACAUGGAUGGACUCUGUUGCAGCUGUGCUCCAGAGGUCCAGCUCAGGGGUGGAGCUUGACAACCAGACAGAUUGUGUGCAAGGCCUGGAUGAGAUUUCAGCCCAGGAAAAAAACUCCACAGCUGGUUUGGAGGAGCUGAGAACUUUGGAUCCUCUACUGGAGGAAUUUGUGCAAGCAGAAGCAAUGAGUGAACUUAGAGAAAAAGUUGAGGCAAUGCACCUGAGACAAAGAGAAGUUGAACAGCAACUGGAUGCUAACAGAGAAUUGCUUCAGAGUUGUGCAACACUUUGGACCUCCGUCCAACAUGAAAAAGAAACACUGGUUGAACAGAUGAAUGACACAGAGAUCAAGAUGUCCAUGUUCACCACCGCUAAAGCUAUCAGUGUCCACCAGGCAGAGGAAAAGUGUCAAAGAUUCAAGUCUCUGGUGGCUCACGUCGACCUGCUGGAAUUGCCUCUGAAUGCUUUAAAGGAGAAUGCAACAGAGUUAGAGCAGAUCAUCUCUGAGUCCAGCAAAGCUGUCAUCAGCCACUCAGUGUCCUCUCUGUGGCACAGGUGGACCCGGCUUCGCAGUGUGUCCCGGGCCCAGGAGAGGGCACUGGAGGACACUGUGAAGGAGUGGAGGAACUUCACUGAGCGGAUGGAGAAGGUUCGCUCAGUGUCCCAAGACCUCCACAGUCGCGUCCCCGACAGCACGGUUGAGAAGGCAGCCACCAGGGCGGCGCUUCAGAGCCUCCAGGAGUAUCACGACUCCUUCAUGCUGGAGGUGGAGCGGGAGCAGUCCAUCCUUGCUCUGCUGGGUCAACACACUCGCAGCCUCAGAGGAGAUGAGGAGGAGCAGAAGGAGAAGAAGACUGCAAAUGGGCACGAGGAGACACCUUGCUUACAAGAGAUCAGAAGCAUGCAGGAGCAGUAUGACUGCCUCCUGCUGCGAGUGCAAGCCAGCAGGGCCCAGGUACACCAGGAACUGAGGGAGAGAGAGGAGGUCGAAAAGGAACUGGGCUUAGUCAAAGGUUGGAUCCAAGACACUCGGGGCCUACUUCUGAGUCCCACUGCAGACCUGGAUUCACUGCUGGAGGAGCUAGAGACGGCACAUGGUGAGGUCAUCAGCAGGCGCCAGAGUGUGGAGCGCAUGACAGAACUGCAGCAGACCAAGUACCAGGACCUCCAGGCUGGUCUGCCGUCAGAGCUCAGCAUGCAGCUGGCUGAGGUGGCUUUGGCUCUUGGCUCUGCUGAAGAUCAGGUCCAGGCGAGGGAAAGGGAGGUGCAGCAGACAAGAGAUGUGAAAGAGGACUUUAGCUCCAGACUCCAGGACAUCGAGGCGAAGCUGAAGACCAUUGCUCUGAAACUGGAAUACAAGAGUGCCGACCUCGACGAGGCCAAAGAAGAGACCAAAAUCCUUUGUGAAGAGUGUGAAUGCUGUGUUCGCUCUUUGCUGGAGUUAGGAGUAGCAGUGCAGGAGUUUGGAGAGCAGAACCCCCUCCUCUGUAAGCAGCUGGGCGACGCUGUGGCAAAGCUGAUAGAGGUGCAGCGCCAAACCACACAGCAGGUCCAGGACAGAGCUAACAGGCUGAGGAAGGCAGAAAGACAGGCGGAGGAUUAUCAGGGUAUGAAGGUGUUCAUUUCGGGCUGGGCAGAAAAGGCAGAGACUCUGGUCAGCUGCAGCAUCAUCUGGGGCUCCGCCUCCCAGCUCCAAGAACAAAUUCGAGCACAUCAGGCUCUGCUGCGGGAGUGUCGGGGUCUCCAUGGUGAUUUGGAGGCCAUGGGGGAGAGGGAGGGGCAGCUGGGGGAGGUGUUGCAGACGGAGGGGUGGAUCCAGCAGGUGAAGCACCUCAGCAGACGCACAGAGGAGCUACAGCAAACUGCCAAGACUCGCCUCCAAAGUCUGCAGGACGCUGCAAAGGAUAUGUUGCGUUUGGAGGCAGAGGUGAAGAACCUCCAUGCUGCUGUAGACCAGAUCCAGGUCACACUCGCCUCCCCAGACCUCAACAGACUUAGUCUCCGAGAGCAGCUCACACAAAGACAGCGUCUGUUGGUGGAAAUGGAGGGCUUCAAGCAGCAGGUAGCGGCAGUACAGCAGUGUCAGAGCGCCCUCCGGCUUCCAGAGGAGGUAGUGGCCGGCCUGCCUGUCUGCCGCACAGCUCAGACUCUGCAGCAGGAGGCCAGCCAACUGCAGCAUACCACCAUCCAGCAGUGCAAUAUCCUGCAGGAGGCCGUGGUGCAGUAUGAGCAGUAUGAACAGGAAGUAAAGAACCUUCAGAGAUUAAUAGAAGAGGCUCACCGCAUCAUUCAAGAUCGGCCCGUCUCCACCAGCAACAUACAGGAACUUCAGGCUCAAAUACACCACCAUGAGGAGCUGGCCCAGAAGAUCCGUGGCUACCAGGAGCAGAUUGCCUCGCUCCACACCAAGUGUAAGAUGCUGACUGUGAAGGCCAAACACGCCACCAUGCUGCUGACGGUCAGCGAGGUGGAGGGCCUCUCAGACGGCAUGGACGAGCUGAGUGAUGAGGAGCUGCCCAGCACCGUGGCUGCUAAUGACACCAUGACAGCCGGCCGUUGCCACACGCUCCUCUCCCCUGUGACCGAGGAGUCAGGGGAAGAGGGCACGAACAGCGAAGUUUCCUCUCCCCCUGCCUGCCGCUCCCCCUCCCCAGGGGCUAACGCUGACACUCCUCUUACCAAACAGGGUCGAGGUUCGCUAAGCCGAGCGCCUCUCCAGGAACUCUAUGACCCAUCCAUGGAGUCCAGUUCUGCUAACCUGGACGACCUGCAGAGAUCCUGGGAAACGCUAAAGAAUGUGAUCAGUGAGAAGCAGAAGAGUCUGUAUGAGGCUCUGGAGCGUCAGCAGCAUUAUCAGGAGUCCCUUCAGUCCAUUUCCACUAAGAUGGAGUCCAUCGAGGGAUCUCUCAAUGAGAGCCUGGAGCCCAGCAAGAGCCCCGAGAGCCAGAUGGCUGCACACCAGGCUCUGAUGGAUGAGAUCCUGAUGCUGCAGGAUGAGAUCGGUGAGUUACAGACGUGUUUCUCUGAGGAGCUGGCGGACAGCGACAGCGAUGGGGAGCCGGGUGAUCAGCUGGCUCUUCAGUCCACUCUCACUGUGCUGGGAGAAAGGAUGGCAACAAUUCGAAUGAAGGCUUCUGGGAAACGGCAGCUACUGGAGGAGAAACUAAGUGAGCAGCUGGAAGAGCAGCGGCAGGAACAGGCCCUGCAGCGUUAUCACAGCGAGGCCGCAGAGCUCGACCACUGGCUACUUAGCACUCGUGCCACUCUGAGCUCCGCUCUGCAGCCCCUAAACGAAGACCUGGACAUGGAGGAGCAGCUCACCGACUGUCAGAAUAUGCUGUUUGAGAUCGAGCAGAAAGUGUCGUAUCUGUCAGAGCUGUCCAUCCACAGCGAGAGCUUACUGCUGGAGGGUCGAGCUGAGACCAAGGGAGAAGCGGAGCAACUCAGCUUCAAACUGCGCUCCCUCAAAGACAGCCUGCUCGAGCUGCAGCAGAUGCUACAGGACAAACAAGUUGACAUACAGGGUUCAUUGCAGGAGCAGGAAGACAGUGAGACGGAUACAUCUCUCUCCCAGAGUCCUAAUGUCCAGGAUUGGCUGUCUCAGGCUAGAUCCUCGCGAACACAGCAGCACCACGACAACCUACUUCGACAGAGGGAGCUGCAAGAGAAGGUAGCAGAACAGAGGAGGCUGCUCCAGUCUGUCGCCAGUGUCGGAGAAGAGUUACUGAGCCAGACCACACCCAAUGGGGACAGUGAAAUAUCCGUCCCUGGAGGAGUGUUGCUGGAGCCUGAGUCCUUGUCUCCCUUAGACCAGCUGAGACAGCGCUGGGAAAACCUGAAUAAAGAUCAGAACACAAAGCUGAAGCUCUCCCUCUACUCAUUGGAACAGGACCAGCUGAGCCCGGUCCUCCACCGAUCCCGCCUGUCCAGUCCUAGUAUGGUGUUCAGAGGCGAGUCGGCCAGCCAGGACUUUGGUUCCCCCACAGCUUUGUUUGAAUCCUGCAGCCAGAAUCUGGAAAGAAUCGCCCAAGAGGCGGGAAAUGGUGACAGUAAACUGAUGGGAGGUACGACAGUCCAGCAGGACCUGUAUGCUGCUGUUUCAGCUGCCUCUUUCUGGUUGGAUACUGCAGAAAAUCAGCUGCUCUCUGGUCCAGUUCUGCUCUCUGAAGAUACAGAGACACAGCUUACAAAUCUAGAGGGUCUUCAUAAACAACUGAAGGCGAUGACCAGUGAGGUAAACCUGUGCAGAGACCUUCUUGGGGGAGGAGCAGGUUUGAUGUGCGGAGGUGAGGAGCGAGACCUGAUGGGGGACACGCUCGAGGGUCUGAAGGAGAGGAUGGGCCUGCUGGAAUCCACCCUGGAACUACAGUGUGACGGCAUGAGGGACAGGCUGCAGGAGCACUCAAGCUUCCAGAAUGAACUGAGGUUGCUUUUCACGGCUCUGAGUGAAAGUAAACACCAGUUGUUACAGAAAAUGGCUUGCACUGUGGACAGACCUGCAUCCAAACAGAUAGAGACUUUAUCAGAGGUGGAGGAGAGUCUGCGAGAGUUUGAGCAGAGAGUUGCAGAGCUGAAGACUAGAGCAGAGGGACUCCAAUCCGACCAAAUCUCCAACCAGGAGUUUCUCAAACUACAGGAUGCGUAUGAGGAACUGGUGCUGAUGGUUGGAUCCAGACGGAGCAGCCUGAACCAUGGCCUAUCUCUCAAGGCUCAGUAUGAAGCUGCACUUCAAGACCUUACAGACCUGGUGGACACGGCUCAGGACAAGAUGGCCGCCGAUCAGAAGAUGACUGUGGCUUCUGUCAUUGAGGUUCAGAUGUUAUUGGACAAACACAAAGAGUUUUUCCAUGAUCUGGAAUGCCAUAUGAUCCUCACCCAGACGUUUUACAGCAAAGUGUCUGGUCUGGUGGCACAGAGGGGAAACCAGGUCCUAGAGGAGACGAUGGCCUUGGCCCACAGUGUGCUUAAACAGGCCCACAGGCGAGGGGUGGAGCUGGAGGGCAUCCUGGAGUCAUGGAGCAGACUUGUGGAAGAGUACCAGGCUCUGUGUAGACAACUGGAGGCCGUGGAGUGUAGCAUCCCCACUGUAGGCCUGGUGGAGGAAACAGAGGAAAGACUUGUUGAAAGGAUCAGUCUCUAUCAGCGUCUGAAGGCCAGUCUGACGGAGCAUCAGCCCCAGCUUUAUCAGGUACUGGAGGCGGGCAAGAGGCUUCUUUUGUCUGUUGGCUGCUCAGACCUGCAGAACCAGUUAACCCAGUUAGGAGAACACUGGCUCUCUUCCACCACCAAGGUCAACAAGGAGUUGCACCGCCUCGACUCCACGCUUAAACACUGGAGCAGAUACCAAAGUGAAUCCGCAGAGUUGAGCCACUGGUUGCAGUCGGCUCUAGACCGGCUGGAGUUCUGGACAACGCAGUCAGUGACAGUGCCUCAGGAGCUGGAGACGGUCAGAGACCACCUCUAUGCCUUCCUGGAGUUUUCCAAAGAGGUGGAUGCUAAGUCGUCUCUUCGUUCAUCUGUGCUAAGCACAGGCAACCAACUUCUGCGAUUGAAGAGAGUGGAUACGGCUGGUCUCAGGACAGCGCUGGGUCAGAUCGACACCCAGUGGGCUGAGCUGCUGACUCGAAUUCCUGUGGUGCAAGAGAAGCUACACCAGUUGCAGAUGGAGAAACUGGCAUCACGGCACGCCAUCACUGAGCUGAUGAGCUGGAUUUCUCUCAUGGAGAACAUCAUCGAGGAAGACCAGGACAAAAUCAUGGGAGCUGUAGGCUCAGAGGUGGUCCAGAACUUCUUGCAGAAGUAUAAGGGUUUCCGUAUAGAUCUAACGUGCAAGCAGUUGACUGUGGACUUUGUGAACCAGUCGGUGCUGCAGAUCAGCAGUCAGGAUGUUGAAGGAAAACGCAGCGACAAAACUGAUUUUGCUGAGAAACUUGGUGCCAUGAACCGACGAUGGCAGAUAUUACAAGGGCUUAUUGCGGAAAAGAUUCAGGUUUUGGAAGGACUUUUGGAAGGUUGGUUGGAGCAUGAAAAUGGAGUUCAGGCCUUGAAAACGUGGCUCACUCUGCAGGAGGAGAAACUGAAAAAGAGACACAGGAUAGAGGAUGUAGCAUCAGUGCAAAGUGCACUUAAAGACUGUCAGGAGUUGGAGGAAUCAGUGAAGGAAAAAGAGAAGGAUCUAGAGAAAGCCGAGGAACGAGCGAAUGCUCUCAUCCGGGACAAGAAAGGUGCCACUUGCUCUGUUGUCAGGGAGACCCUUAAAGGACUGAGCCAAUCCUGGGCUCAUUUGGACCACAUGAUAAGUCAGAUGAAGGUGAGCCUGCGGUCGGUGUUGGAACAGUGGACGCUGUACCGGAGGGCUUCAGAGGAGAUAAAUGGUUACCUGAUGGAGGGGAGGUACUCUGUGUCCAGGCUGCACCUCCUUAACGGGUCUCUAGAGGCUGUACAGCAGCAGGUGGAGAGUCUUGAGAACCUACAGGAAGAGAUGGAUAAGCAAGAGAGCAGUCUGAGGAAGUUUGGCUCUGUUACACAUCAGCUUCUGACAGAGUGCCACCCAUCUGUGGUGGAAACACUCAACAGAGCCCUGCAGAGCGUCAACAUUAGGUGGAAUUCUCUUUUAGAGCAGAUCUCAGAGCAGCUAAGAAGCAGUAAAGCCCUGUUGGGGAUAUGGCAGCGCUACAGGUCCUUGUAUGGCCAGUGUGUGACGGCGGUUCAGAAACAGGAGGAACGUGCUGACUGCCUGCUGAAGAGUGCCACUGACAGGGAUAUCACAGAGGAGGAGAGCAGUGUCUGGAUUAAUGACUGCAAUGCGUGCCUUGGUGACCAGGCUUCUGUGCAGAAGACCCUCCAGCAGCUGCAGGCUUUAGGGGAGCAGCUGAAGAGCCAAGUUGAUGCCUCCUCCUCGGCAGCUCUCCAGUCUGACCACCUGUCACUCACACAUCGCCUAGAAACAUUGAAGCACAGCCUUCACAGGCAGCAGGAACUGCUGCAGACUGGAUCUCAGGCCUGUGAGGGCUUCAGAGAGCAGAUGGACACAUUGAUCAAUAAGGCCGAGGAGGCCGAGGAGGUGCUGAAGGAGUCUGACUCAGUUGGGUCUCCAGAUAUCGUUGUGGUCCAGACACGUAUGGAAAAACUGCAGGUUCACCUGUUGAAUCUGAGCAGUCUGUCUCCAGACCUGGAACGUGUUAACGAGUUGAUGUACAGACUCCCAGUCAGUGAUAGAGACGUAAAACGGCUGCAAAGUCUCAACAGGUCCUGGGCCGCUCACUCCGCCAACCUCACUGAGAGGUUCAGUAAGCUGCAGGCAGUGGUGCUCCAGCAGCAGAGCUUCCUUCAGAAGUGUGAGGCGUGGAUGGACUUCCUGUCUCAGACUGAGCAGAAGCUGGCUGCUGAGAUCUCAGGAAACUAUCAGAGUCUGCUGGAGCAGCAGAGAGACCAUGAGCUGUUCCAGGCAGAGAUGUUUAGCAGGCAACAGAUUCUCUACUCCAUCAUCGGUGAUGGACAUCGAAUGCUCGACCAGGGACAAGUGGAUAACAGAGGUGACUUCAGUGGGAAACUGGCCUUGCUGAGCAAUCAGUGGCAGUGUGUAGUGAGGCGGGCCCAGCAGCGGCGGGGCAUUAUCGACAGUCUGGUCCGCCAGUGGCAGAAUUACAGAGAGAUGGCAGAGAAGCUGCAACAGCGGCUGCAAGAAGUCACCCAAGAUCCAGAUGUGCAUCAGCCCGGAGAACCAGUCGCUCUGCAGCAGGCCAGGAACCUGUUAGAUCAGAUACAGCUGAGGGAGCGGGUGCUCCAGAGGCAGCAUGGAGGCUACAUUCUGACGGUGGAGGCCGGCAGGAGCUUGCUGCUGUCGGCCGACGCGAGGGCAGAGUCCACCUUGCAGACAGAGCUGAUGGAGAUUCAGGAGAGGUGGAGACACGCGCACCACCGCCUGGACCAGCAGAGGAGGGAGCUGCACGGCUUGCUCAAGAACUGGGAGCGAUGUGAGAAGGGCAUUACUGCAUCAGUCGAGAAACUGAGGGCCUUCAAGAGAAAGCUGUCUUUGCCACUGCCUGAUCAUCAUGAAGAGCUACACUCAGAGCAAAUCAGAUGCAAGGAGUUGGAGAGCAGUGUGGAGGGCUGGACGGAUGACCUCACUUCCUUGUUCCUGCUGAGGGACUCCUUGGAGGGCGUGGUCAGUGCAGAUGACAUCACAGUCCUGCAGGAACGCCUCCAGCUGCUUCAGCGCCAGUGGGAGGAGGUCUGCCACCAGCUUUCCCUGCGCAGGCAGCAGGUGAGCGAGAAGUUGAACGAGUGGGCCGUGUUCAAUGAGAAGAACAAGGAGCUGUGUGAAUGGCUCACUCAGAUGGAGAGCAAGGUCUCUCAGAAUGGAGACAUCAGCAUUGAAGAGAUGAUCGAAAAGCUGCGCAAGGACUACCAGGAGGAGAUCAGUGUCGCUCAGGAGAACAAGCAGCAGCUGCAGAUUAUGGGAGAUCGGCUUGCCAGGGCCAGCCAAGACAGCAAGGCGGCCGAGAUCCAACACAAACUCAGCAAAGUGAGCGAGCGUUGGCAGCACCUGCUGGACCUCAUCGCUGCCAGGGUGAAGAAGUUGAGGGAGACUCUGGUGGCGGUGCAGCAGUUAGAUAAAAACAUGAGCAGCCUGCGUUCGUGGCUGGCUCACAUCGAGACGGAGCUGUCCAGGCCGAUCGUCUACAGCACCUGCGACGACCAGGAGAUUCAAAGGAAACUCAACCAGCAGCAGGAGCUGCAGAGGGACAUUGAGAAACACAGCACAGGUGUGGCAUCAGUACUGAACCUGUGUGAAGUCCUGCUGCACGACUGUGACGCCUGCUCCACAGAGACGGAGUGCGACUCCAUCCAGCAGGCGACCCGAGGGCUGGACAGACGCUGGAGGAACAUCUGUGCCAUGUCCAUGGAGAGGAGGCUCAAGAUCGAGGAGACGUGGAGGUUGUGGCAGAGGUUUCUGGAUGAUUACUCAAGGUUUGAAGAUUGGCUGAAGACCUCAGAAAGGACAGCAGCUCUGCCCAACUCCUCUGGAGUUCUUUAUACUGUUGCCAAAGAAGAGCUUAAAAAGUUUGAGGCCUUCCAGCGGCAGGUACAGGAGUGUCUGACCCAACUAGAGCUCAUCAACAAACAGUACCGUCGCCUGGCCAGGGAGAACCGCACCGACUCCUCCUGCCAACUCAAAGAAAUGGUGCAUGAUGGGAACAGGCGAUGGGAUAACUUGCAGAAGAGGGUGGCAGCCAUCCUACGAAGACUCAAGCACUUCAUUGUCCAGAGAGAGGAGUUUGAGACGGCUCGAGACAGCAUUCUGGUGUGGCUGACAGAGAUGGACCUCCAGCUGACAAACAUCGAGCACUUCUCUGAGUGUGACGUUCAGGCCAAGAUAAAACAGCUCAGGGCGUUCCAGCAGGAGAUCUAUCUGAACACGGGGAAGAUCGAGCUGGUGUUCAGACAGGGUGACGCUCUGAUUGAAAAGAGUGAACCACUGGACGCAGCUGUCAUCGAGGAGGAGCUGGAGGAGCUGCAGAGAUACUGUCAGGAGGUGUUCGGACGAGUCGACAGAUACUACAAGAAACUCACACGGCUGCCUCUGGCCGAUGACGAGCUCGAUGGUUCGGACAGAGAGUUGGAACUGGAGGAAGGUGGAGACCUCUCGGAGCUGCAGUGGGGCGACUCUUCUCUGCCCCGCCCAUCCAGCCGCCCCCCCUCAGGCACGACUGCCCUCAUCCGGGCUGACCGCUCAGGACGUGACACGCCGGCCAGUGUUGACUCCAUCCCUUUAGAGUGGGACCACGACUACGACCUGAGCAGAGACCUGGAGAGCCCAGGUGGACGAGGUCACAGGGAGAGGAGGCGAGGGCAAGAGGAGGAGGAUGAGUAUCUGAGGACAGCUGCCACGGUGCUGUCAGGUGAGCCGGGCCAGCUGGAGGCGAGUCUCAGACAGUUGGAUCAGGCUCUGGAUGCAGGACGGUUCCACCUGCAGCAGAGAGAGACCACUGCCAACAGCUCCAGCCCCGACAUAGACUCCACCUACAUGGGCUAUAUGCGUCUGAUGGGAGAGUGUCGAGGCAGUAUAGACGCCGUAAAGAGAGCCGAGGGAGAGCUGACUGAGGACGAGGACGACAUGCCGGGACUCAUCAACCCCACCAGCACAGACACUCAGAGUGCCGGUGUGAUCGAGCGCUGGGAGCUAAUCCAGGCUCAGUCUCUGAGUGAGAAGCACAGAAACAAACAGAACCUGCAGCAGUGGCAGCAGCUGAUCUCAGACCUGCAGACAAUGAGGGCCUGGUUGGGUCAGUCCGAGGCUGAACUCAGCCAGCUGCGAGGGCUCCAACUCAGCACUGACAUACACACCAUCCAGCAGAGGAUCAAGAAGCUCAAGGAGCUGCAAAAGGGGAUGGACACCCACAAGUCGGAGGUCUUGUCCAUCAACCUAAGCAGUGCAGACUUCCUCCAAUCGGACCCCGACUCUGAGGAGGCGUGGGAGCUCAGGGAUGGACUGAAAGAGAUGAACACACGCUGGGAUCGACUCGGUACCUCCCUGGAGGACUGGAGGGAAGAGCUGCAGAAGGCGCUGAUGCAGUGCCAGGAGUUUCACGAGAUGAGCCACGGUCUGCUGCUGUGGUUGGAGAACAUCGACCGCAGGAGGAACAAGGUGGUGCCCAUCCCUCCCAAACUGGAUCGCGAAACACUGCGAGCACAUCACAAAACUCUGACGCAAAUCAAGCGCGAGCUGCUUGACUCAGAGCAUAAAGUGUCGUCUCUUCAGGAGCUUUCCGCUCAGCUCCUGGUCAACACCAAACCUCACGCUGUGACGCUGCAGCAGCAGGUCUCUGAGCAGAUCUGGGAUCAGGGCAGCGAGUGUCUGGAGGCUCAGGAGAAGGUUCACGUGAUCCUGAACAGACUGAGGCUGCUCCUGAGGGAGGUCAGCUCUGACCUUGAGGGGCUGGAGAGGAGACUGGAGGCGGUGGACACACAGCAGGUUUGUUUACCGCUGCCCGUUGCCAAAUCUGAACCCUGCGCAUCAGCGUCUCCUGUGUCAGAGGUGACCGUCCAGAGUCGCAAACGAUUGCCCCGAGGCAAAAGUAGUCAGGCCCACCCAGGACACCCUGAGAGCGUCCGGCGCCACAGCCGGAGCAAAUCACCAGGCGCCGCUGGCUGCGUUUCCUCCCAUUCUGACUUUCAGGAUGGUGUCGCCUCCUCCUCCUCCUCCUCCUCCUCUAAAGGCCCGUCCUUCCUGCUGAGGGUCUUUCGGGCCGCACUCCCAUUCCAGCUGCUCCUUCUGCUCCUCAUUGGCCUGGCCUGUCUGGUGCCCAUGACAGAGGAGGACUAUAGCUGCCACCAUGCCAACAACUUUGCCCGCUCUUUCCAUCCCAUGCUGCGCUACACCAACGGACCUCCUCCCAUAUGAGACGCAGCAAAUGUCUACUUUCUGCUUUGCCAAGGACUCCACUGACUCCUGUGAAUGUCUCCUCUCACCCUGUGCCCUAAAAAGAAAAACUCUUCCCCUGCAGGGGAGCUCGAGCAUUAUGAAGUGACUCAGAGAUGAAACGAAGACUUCUCUCACUUACAUUGCACACACGUCCUGAAAUCACCUCCACCCUUUAAACUCCCAAUCCGGAUAAAUGGACUUUCAUCCGGAGACCCCCCUCCCUCCUUCAAUUAUUUCAUGUCGUUUUAACUUAAAUAUGUAUUUUUUAUUUUGAAGGUUUCUGUAGAAACCUGUGAAAUCAAUAAAAACAAAGCACUAUUUAUAUAUUGUAUGUUAGGAGCCAAAGUCGACUGUGCUUUUUGUCCAUGAUAUCCAGUGCUGCUACUAUUUAUUUUGUAUUUAAUCAGUUGACAGAUUAGUUAGUUUGGAUUAAGCUAAAGCUCCACCUUGAGUGUGGGAUGUUUAACCUUGAAAAUGUACAAGAGACGUCCAGUUUGAGUGCUGAAAUAUUACGAAUUUAAAGUCAAAUCCGAACUUAAAGCACUGACAUGAGCACUGACGAAAGGUACUGCACUGAAGCCGUCCAGCCAAGGUGGCCGACUUCUUUUCCCAAGGCUUGUAUACUUUCUUUUUUUCCGGAGAAUUUAAUCAGCUGGGGCAUAUAUAAAAAAAAAAUAUACGCUCCAUUGUUAAACUUAAGCUUGUACAUUAUUGUUGAAAUGCUUUUUAAGAAAGGCAGUUAUUUUUUUAUCUUUUUUUUAAGCAUGCACUUGAAAGUCCCCGGCUUUUAAGGAAGCGGAACAAUCACUGGUAGUGUUUUAGUAGACGGCUGUGACCUGAAAUAGUGUGCUUUGUAAUUACUGCGAUAAUUAUUCUGCUGUGAUGAGUCAUCAGACUCGCCGCCUUGUUGAAACAGAAUCUGUAUAAAAAAUGAUCAAAUAUGAAAAUGGUUAUUUAUGUAUGUACAGUUUGCUAAUGCCGACUUCAUGAAGAAUACUCUUUGCAAAUAAUUAAACAUAAAGUAUUUA